GCGGGAACGGGACACUCUCAGUGACUCCCGCCUCCGCGCUCCACGCACCCGUCGCAGCCCGCGUCUCCGUCCGUCCCACUCCGAAACUAGACUAUUCUGAAUGAAAAUGGGAGAAUGAAUGGCCAAUCAUGGAGUUCUCGGGGUCCCUGAGUGAGUGCUUCAAUGAAUAUGCAGUACCUGUGCCAAUACAAAUCUUCUUAUGGCAGCAAUCAUCCCCAUUCACCAGACCAAAGCUUGGCAAACAUCAUGAAGCCACUUGUACGAUUUGUCAAACCGCACCCGGACAUCAUGAAUUGAAAGAAGCUUGCAAGGUUUUAGAGAAAGUUUUGGUACAAAAUCUUCAUUUUAGGCUAGAUAAAAGUUUGACUGACGCCAUACGCUCAAUCACAAGAUGGAGACUCAUCCAGGCUUCUUUCCCGUAUAUAGUGCAUUGCACUGCAUCAACUUUGCACAACAGGAAAGAUAUGAAUCUCCAGAAUUUGGGAGCUGUAGAAACAAAAUUGUUGUACAUACUGCACUGGAUUAUUUUAGACGCUGCUACAGAGUGCGCAGAGGAAGAUUACGAAAAAGACAAUUUUCACUCUUCGCCUUACUAUUAUACUUUUUCUAUUCCUGCAUUGACGUUGUUCAUGUAUCUUUUUGCUCCGUUAUGCCACCAAAUCAAAGAGUCAGAUCUGCAAUCUUUCAGGCUAGAGAAUGGCUUAAAAAUCUGGCAAGCAUUAUGGAACUAUCGCCAUCCUGACGCACCUUGUUUCACGACCCGCUGCAAGCCCAGACCUCGAUCAUUGUGGGGUAAAAAUUUUCGUAGCAGCCAAACUCAGUGUGGAGAUGUAUUUUUAGGAAGAAAAGAAUCUCAAGAUGAAGCCCAUCCCGAAAGUCCGCAUAGUGCCUGUCCCAGUAUUUCUUUCUUUGACCAGCAGCAACCAGGAAGCGGCGUUCUUAAACAAGAUGAUGAGAGUAAUUGGGUAUCAUCUCCAAAAGAAACUGUAUUCCCGGAAACCAUUCCAGAAGAAAGUUCCAGCACUGAGGAGGAGCACAUGGUUAUAUUCAGGUUACCAUCACUGGCUGAAUCUGAUGAAAGAGAACCUGCUACCAUUUUUUCUGCUGAUGCAAGUAUUUUUCAAAUGCCGGUUAACCGCAAUGCUGUCCUACACAAACCAUCCUUAAGCAUCGAUCCAGGGACUCAGUCAGGCCUUUCUGACUCUCAUCAACAAUCUUCAAAGACACCAGUCCAAGGAAUGGGGUCCUCAACUGAUAAGGACUCUGUAGGUAGUUUGAAAGAUGGGCCUAACAAGAAAGGUUUUCCGGUUGACUCUACCCAUCCAGAUUUCUUCUCUGCGACUUUCAUGGAUGUGGCUGUACUUCGUUGUCUAUUUAUUUCACAGUGGUCAGAAGAAGGAAUAUUUUGGGCUUUGCAGUUUCUCUAUCACAGAUUACAGGAGCUUAGUGAGGAAAUGAUACACCAGACGCAACCAAGGAGACGAAGUAAUUCUUUACCAAUUCCCAAAAUAGAGAUAUCAUUGUAUCAGAGUCCAGAAACUAUGAAGAAAGAAUUGAAAGAUUUCAUAGAAGUGCCUGAACCUAAAGAUGCGUCAGUGCUGUUAGCAGAAUUGCCAUACACUGGUCGCAAGCACGGUGGUGACACACCUCUUAAACAUUUCCGCCGAGCGAGUGAAAAAGCUAAGCGAAAAAUGAAAAUAACUGAUUUUCGACUCUUCGUUGAAACUGCUCUGCUCUCCAAAUCUGAAAAAAAUUUGGAAAAACUUGGCAAAGAGGAUCAAACUGAAUCUUUCAAACAGGAUCUGCACCGGAGUUUUGAUGCUGAAGACAGUCACAUAAAAAAGCCAGCAUCUUCAUUAGCAAAACUUCUAGACCCCACAAAUGAUGCUUCUUCCAUGAUGCCAUCAACUAAUUUGGUAAAAGGGAAAAGUAUGCCAAGUUUAAGCUGUAUACUAGAUGAGUUACAAAAUGAAUCUGGGAUUGGUGAAAAUGUUAAAGAAUUGACAAUUGUUGCCAACCCUAUCAUAACGGUCACUGAGCAUACUCCAAUUCCAUCUCCAGACUUUUUUAAAAUGAAGGGUUCAAUGGACAGUCAGCUGGACGAGCCAUACAACCAUGGGAAGCAGGGUGAGCUGACUCAUGAAUCAAAGCACGGUAGUCUUACAAGAUCACAAACAGACUCCAACAUCACAUACUCUCCAGAAGACAUGGUGGAAGCACCUGGUUCCUCCUGUUACAUCACCAAAGAUGGCGAUAUUGAUCUCCAAGUGGUUCUCAAGGCGAUUCAUAGUGUUGCUUUACGUGAGAAUGUCAGCUGUACUAUACGAGUUUGUGAAAUGAUCCUAAAUCUGAUUGAGUUGCUCAUUGAAAUGGGUGCUUUGAAGCAGUGCUUGCGUGAUGAAAUUCUUACAGACAAAUCAGGAGAUAAUAAUACCAGUGAGAGUGAGGAGCCAAAAAAGUCUUCAAAAAAUCCUCAAAACAAGUUGAAUUCGCCGCAUUCUCUAAUGUUACACUCGGUUAUCAGGGUUAUCAGGUAUGGUGGGUGUCAGAACAGCUGUAAUGAUGGACAGAGGAGUCCUCCCCCAGAUUACAUUCGAUCUCAUGGCCAUUCUCUGCUGAGCAAAUUGCGCCGAACUAGUUCAAGGCAAUUCUCUAGGUUUAUGAAGCACAUGGUUCUGAAAGAACCGUUGCAUGAUGUCAUUGAAUUUUUCCACUCUUAUGUCAGCUUUUGCAGUGACUCAAACUCAUUAUUGUCACCUCUUCAUCAAAAACGAACAUGGUGUAAAUCUCCAGACAUGGCAACUCAGGGAAUUUAUGCCACCAAUUUUAAUGCCAAUGUGGGGAACGCUCGAAAUAAAGGCUUAGAAGGACAGAUAAUCGCCUGCGUCUUUAAAACUCUGGUCACUCGUCUGAUGAAAUCCUCAAAAGAAAUGAAGCUACCGGAACAUGUGGCCUUAUUCAGUGAUAUAAGAGCACUCAUCAUGUACAUUAAAGAAACUCAUGGUGGAACCUUCAAAAGAGUAGUUUUAAGUGCCCUUUUAGAUACAGCAGUACGUCCACGUCGGAAAGAACCUGCGGUACAAACAACUCGAGUUGUGAGGCAUAUUCCAUCGUCGGAGUUAAACGAACAGCAACCAAAUGCAGCACCUUGUUAUGUGAUGGAUGAAAAAGAAGCCAGGAAAAUACUUUUUAAGAAACGAAGUACCUCCUCAACUUGUGCUAGUUUACUGGAAACAGAAUUAAAUGAAGAAUCAGGAGGAAAGGUCCAGAGCCCUCUGGGUAAUUUUCGGAAAAAACAUCAUCACAUCUUGACUCCGAGGCAAAGUGAAAGGAAUUUAGGCGAUACGGAUUUUUCUUAUUCCAAACAAUCAAUGAGACUACACAAAGGAGGCCUUGUUAGUUGGUUUAGAAGGAAGUAUGGAAGGUCAGAAUCGAUGGAUAGUUAUGAGGGAAGUGAAUCUCCCGGCGAAAGUGCUCUUGCUCACCAAGCUGCCUCUUUACAUCAUUCUUACAGUAAAUCGUCUCAAAAAAGCGUAGCCAGUGUCGGUCACACCUUUCACAAAGCUAAAGUACGUAUGGAGCAUCAACUCAAUAAAUUUGGUUUUGGCAAAGGGAAGAAAAAAGAUGGAAGUGUUGAAGAAACACCAGGAAGUUAUCUAAGCAGAAGGAAUUCAACGGAGUAUGGAGACCAAUCUAGAGAAUCAGAAAUCGUGGUCCUGAAAGAAAGGCGACUUGUCCAGCAGGAACCCUUGUUACGAGGAGUUCAAAGGCUCUCGUUUCUACUUGAAACAUGUUUGCCUGGUUCAACACCUGAUCCGCAUUUAAUAGCAGCUGUUCUUGACCUGCCCAAUACAGCAGUUGUUGCACGGGCUGCCUUUCUUCUGGAGUGCUCCUAUUUUGUCCACUGUUGUAACAAAGGACAGUGGCCUCAGUGGAUGAAAUUUAACUUUCCGAUGUUUCGACCUUCCGGUCCGUUCAUCAACCGUGGGAGUACUGUUCCGAUUGGAGUGAGGAGAUCUCAAAAUUUGCAACGUGCCGCUGGAAAAAUGUUCUAUCUUUGGGGUGAGGCUAUAAGUGCAAAACUAGAAGAAAUGCUCCUAGAAGACAAACAACAUAUCACUGAAAUUGUCACCAUGCUUUGUGAUGAAAACAAACAGAAGCAACUUUUAAUCGAAGAUGAAGAAGAAGAUUUCUUAGAUGAAUCAACAGUCAAUCUGUACGGCUCAGACUGUCCCAUUGCUCUCAGACUUCUAGCUUGCACUUUGUUGUUGGAAAUCACAGCUUUUCUUCGUGAAACCUAUCAAAAUCUGCCCAAGCUUACCUGUGUUUGUAGUAAGGACCGACCGCCUCCGUGGGAUAAAAUUUUCUGUCGAGACCCAAACCGGCGGUGGAGCAUGGCGCUUUCGUCUAUGGGGCAGUCUCAAACUUCAGCUCAGAGCUUGCAGUCAAUUGUUGGAGAUAAUAAAGAAGCUGGGAUGCAAGCAGAAAGGAAAAUCAGUUUUGUUCUCCACGAGCCGGAAAACGAAUCAGAGGGUGACAACAAUCAUUGGACAGAUGACAAGAAAGGUCGAAGGCCUACAACCACCACAAGUCGACCUUACUUAUUACGAAGAGGCACAGCGGGUGCGCCAACAGGGUCAUUCAAAAGGAGGAGUCUCAAAUUGCGCAGGAACACCAAAGAAGGAAAAGAUAUGAUGGAAUGUGACUUCAAGCGAGCAGAUUCAAUUCAGUCAAAGCGUAAAGUAAGCUCCAUUUCAGAUCGCAGUGAUUUCUCUGAACAAGGAGUGGAAGCAAGUGGUGAAGAAUCACCAGGUGUUUUAAGUGAUGAGAUUCCUCCAGCUAGUCCCAGUGAUAGCAACGAUACAGACGAGACAUGCUCAAAUUUGCCUUGGAUGAAGAUUGUUGCUCAAAUAAUAAAUUCGUUCAAUUUUUUUUGCUCACAUCAAAAUUUCUGUCAUCCACUCUGCCACCGUCGUCAUAUGCGAGCCUGCACGAGACUUGUUAAAGCUGUCCGCAGGGUCUACGGAGAGGAUUUUGGGAUCCCAGAAAAAAUAAAAGAAGCUGUGGCAGAAGAAACAAAGAAAGAUGUCAAAGGACGUAAUCGUAAAGUUUCUGAACAAGCAAGUUCCCAGACCUCUCCAGUGAGACGAAAAGACAGCAUCUGCAAAAAAGACAGGAUCGAUAGAAAUAUGGACAACUCUCUUGGCAAAGGAUCGACAAAAGAUAUUGCAGACUCUACUAUUUUUCAUGAGAAACACAAACGCUCGGAGGAAAAAACUGAAGCAGAGGAAGAAAAGAGCAAAGAGCUCCCUAACAUUGUGAAGUACAUUAAAACUCAAGUCAAAGAUGCCUUCCACCUAGCCCUAGCUGUUAUGAUCAAAGGAGGAGUUGUUUUGGCCGAGGAUUUACUCAUUGAGGUGUUACCAGCUGCGUGGGAACUGUUGCUUGAGCCAAACCAAGAGGUAGCAGCCUGCGCAGCAACGUUCAUCAUUAUCGCCUCUAUUCGUGUCCCAAAUCCAGUUGCAGAACUCUUACAGCAAAAUCUGAACCAUCAGGAUCCAGCAGUAAGGAUCAGCUCACUCUUACGCUACCAGAUUCUUUGGAGUCAGCGAUAUCUAGCUGUGAAUCGUAUGGAAGAAGGGGCUCAUUUAACCUUGAGGGUACCGCCUCCCAGUAUUGAGUUCACACUUCCUUCUCCAAAAAUUGGAAUUGAGUCUCUACCUGUUGUUGACUCACCCUGGGAGCCCUUGGUCAAAAGCAAAGUUGAAGAUGUUACGAUUGGUCAAGAUAGUCAUCGGUCUUUGGUGACAGCCACAAAGACGCGAAAAAAGCAACAAACUGAUAUGAUCAAAUUGGCGCUAUUGCAAAGAGAAAACCAAGAACGCAACGAGAGAGAAACUUUCUUGAUUACGACAAUUCCUAUUCUCACCCAAGCUGCCAACGAACAGCGAUCUCAUCACAAUGCUGGUGAUGACCAUGAUGAAGGUGAAGAGGAUCCAAUGGAGACUCAAACUAGAAGUCAUCACACACAAGUUUCUCAUGCAUUUUUUCCGUCUAGUUUGUGCACUGCUGCCGUUUACAUCAUCGGGUUACUGGAUGAUGCUGCUGUUUCUCAAGAUGGAGUGGCAGUCUACGAAAUCACAUAUGAGGUGAUAUGGAACUGUCUUGUAGAUGACUGUGGUCUUUUUCUCCGCUAUAUCCUUGAGCGGCUCACCAGAGAAAGAUCUGAGCUAGAAGCAAUGUUUAAAAUUCUUCGACACUUGAUCCGUUUUGUGCCUAAACUACCUCAGCAAGCUGCCUUUUCUCUAUACAAUUACAUCAUUGGCUAUGUGAUGUACUAUGUUCGAUCUCCGCACGAAGAUGGACAGAAAAUGAUCGGUGCAGCGCUUUCUGUACUCUGGAUGGUUGUUCACAGUGUCCAGGGGAUAAUGUUCAAAGAUUUGAAACAAAUUUUGCGCAAAGAACAAUGUGAUGCAUCAAUUUUACUCACUGCAAAUGUACCAUCAACAAAAAAGAUUAUUGUCCAUGGAGCUCAUGAGCAAGAUGGCGGUGGCAUACCAUCUCAGUUCCCAGUCCAAGAAGACACGCAGUUCUGUCAGAUACUACGAGAGUCCCUAGAUUUCUUUGGAAUUGAAGAGGCACAACAUAAAGAAUAUUUUCUUGUUGAUUUAAAAUCUCAUCAAAUUCACAAUCCUGCAUCGUACGUGCGAGAUUUUUAUUUUUUCAAAAGAUCUCAAUAUCCGCAGCUAGAACUGGUACACAUGAAAACUGAUGAAGCAUUCAAUGCCCUCCAGCGACAAGAAUUGUACCGCAAAUUUGUUGAAAUCGGCAAGGUUCUCCUAACGUGGGCUAUUUUGAAGAAUGUUGACAUGGUUGUGCAAAGAGUAGUUUUUUUACACGAAGAACUUAUGAAACUCCCUUCUUUUCCUCGGAAAGCCUUAGAGACUGAUCUGGAUCUGUGCAAAGGCGGAGAAAUGGGGAAGGAGCUACUUGGCCUUGAUGUUUUACACAAAUUCAUGUGGGUUCGUCUCAUUGCUCGAAUGUUUGAAGCAAUGGCUGGAAAUUUUGCUUACUCGGGAGAUAUUCAUCUCUUCCUAAACGUUUUAAAUGGAGCUCUUGCUUUACAUAGCGAGGAUGCCAUUAUUCUCAGAUAUGUUUGUGCAACAUACAUCAAUGCUGCUCAUAAUUUCAAAAACAUCUUCUCAACCAAUGGAUACCUCCUGAUAAUUCCAGCUCUUUUGCAACUUUACUCAAGUCACCAGACGAAUAAACUCGUUACAAGGACUGUCGAAUACACCAUCAAACAGUUUUACCUGAUGAAUCGAAAACCAUUUAUUUUACAAAUGUUUGGUAGUGUUUCUGCCAUUCUUGAUAUUGAUGAGACUGCAGAGUUUGGAGAAUCUCACAAGGUCCAAUCAAGUUGCCUUUUUACCCUUUUGUUGAGUUUGGAAACACCCUCACCUGAUCCGUUGAACAUAGGUGAAUUAGUGAGAGAAGAGCAACCUCUCAAAGCAAUUGAUUUUUGCUAUCACGACGAAAGUGAGAUGGUCACUGUGCUUGAUUGUAUCUCUCUAUGUGUCAUGGUAGUUGCCUAUGCUGCUGACUCGCAACGAUCGCAUCAAAUGUUGAUUAUCUUGGAGGCAAUUCUCCCAUGUUACUUGCGGCAAAUCCAGUUACCAAGUUAUCGGAAAGAGGGGAAAACAGAACGUGAAAUCAUCAGUCAGCUUGCGGUUGCCAUUCAAACAUUAGUAAAUAAUUGUGAAGCCUUGUCAAAGAACUACAAUGGUCCGCAGCGCUCAAGUCCUGAGCACAAGGGAUCAAGCCAGCGCAAUUUUAGUCGAGGUCCUUAUUCGCCUGGUUUUGAAUAUGAUGAUGACUCACAUUCUAAAUAUUUAAAUGAAAGGAGCAGAACUAAACUAAUGAACUAUGAACGAGACAUUGAAGAUUAUGAGGUGCUACGGAAUGAAUUUCGAAGACCACGGGAUGUUUUACUUUCACUGGUUGCAGAUUUUGUGACUAAAUCGACUUCUCGUUUGACUGAGUUAAAUAAAAAAUAUCCACAAGAUGGCAAAACGGUUGAGCUUUUAGAUUUUCGAUCACACAUUCGAUUAGCUGACGUUGCUCAUAGUCUAUUGAAAGUUUCGCCUUAUGAUCCUGACACAAUGGGAUGCAAGGGACUACAGAGAUAUAUGACUCAGCUAUUACCAUCAACUGACUGGUCCGUGGAUCAAAUGAGACCCGCUCUCAUGUUAAUCCUUCGAAGACUGGACAAAACAUUUCUCAAAAUUUAUAAAAAAUAUUCGAUUCGAAGACACACUGAUUGGGAAGCAGCAAGUGGUCUCUUAAAAGGCCUGUAUGAAACAUUGUCCCGACAUCCUUACAUCGUUCAUCUUCAGCCAUUAAAAUCCAUUGUCAACACCUGUCAGGGACUUAUAGUUGGAGACUCAUUAUCAACUGGGGGUGGCGAAAAUUUGUCCUCUGCGUCGGCUGCUCUUAUGUCUCAAGCCCCUCCACCAUAUUUUUGCAAAAUAGUAGUCAGCCUAAUAGCUCUUCAAAUUCUAUGUGUUGGUAUUUUCAACCAUCUGACUCCGGAAAAUUAUACGCUGGAACAUGUUUGUGGAGGAAGUUCUGUGUUUCCCUCCCAAGAUAGGACAGAAAACAUGCUGAUGAACUUCUUAAUGCCUUUGUGCCUUCAUAUUGGUGUUGGUAGGAAAGAUGUCCAGGUACAAAGUAUGAGGCAAGCAGAUAUCAGUUUCACCUUGACUGUUGUUCUUCAUGCUUUAAUGCCACCGACGACAAAAACAUGCCCUGUCACUGCUCAGAAUAUCAAAACCGCCUCAGAGAUGCGGACUGGCUCCCUUACAUUCAUAGGUCGUGACUCAAAGCAAAAUGCUGUCGUACCAAAACAUUUAUAUGAAGUCUCAUUUCUUGCACUAAAAAUGAUGGUGGUCUGUUUUGAGCCGGAGCUUGUCAACGACUGGCCGCGUAUUGCCAAAACAAUUCGAGAUAUUUCAAAGUUACAACUUCCGUUGGAUGUGCGGGAAAUGUUUUGGAAAUUUAUUGAUUUCAUAGUCACCCAAAGAUGUCCUCUUUUCAUUUUACUUCUUCCAUUUAUUCACCAAAGAUUACUUCUCAAACCCUUCUCAGAGGAGGAAAGGCAUUUGUAUACCUCAAUUAAGGAGAAAUUAAUGGGGCAACUUCCCCCACCAAAAUGCAGAGCACUUCUUCUGACAGAACUUUUCAAAGAAAUGAAAGACCUAAAAGAAAAACUGGAGCUUCAGAAACAAACCUCAACUAUAAACAAAGAAAAAACCGUACAAAGCUCAACAAGUGAUAUGUUACUUCACCAACGACACCAUCGCCCAUCGUUGAUUGAUUUUUGGCCCGGGAGUGGCUCUCAUAUCGAUCAACAAACAUCACAUAGAGAAUCGCAAUCCAGUACACCUGAAAGCUUUGCUUUUUCCGAGAAGACAAAGUUCUCAGCUGGUGCUGAUGCACUGAGUCCGGAUGAUGAUAAUUCUAAUGAAGUUAAUGGGAGGACCAAGUCAAGGCUUCAUCGGUCCAAAGCGCAGAGUGGACGCACUUUUCGCUUACGGAAAAGCAGAAUAGAGAGUAAUCACUCUAGAGCAUCCAAAGAGCAAAAUAAAGAUAGUAAUUUAGACUAUAUGGAGGCAAGUCAGGAUGACCCAAAUGAUUCGUAUGAUCCUCAACAAGUGCGCUAUCAGUAUUCUAAUCAGCUUCAAAAUGGUGACUCCAAGAUGGAUUACAUUAAAACACCACCUGUCAAAAUACCCCAUUCUCAGUCAUCCCUCGUUCGAUGUGUUUCCAGGAAUGAGACCUCAUGGGAUGAAGAUAGUAUACUCUCACAAACUUCUAGUACCUCUGGUUAUCGGGAGAACUGCAGUCUUCUAAUGAUGGCUUUUGAAAGUCCACCAGAAUUCAAAACACACUUUCCUCACUCUGUGAGUUCAAGCACUGUUGUUCCUCCCUCUCCGGACAGUGCGUCACCACCUCUAUCCGUUAGCGGUAGCACAGUCCACUCUCUCAACAUAAUGAUGUGCGAUGCUCAGGAGGAAGAUACCCUAAUCUAAAACCUAACCUUCCUAAAACUAGGAAAAAUAUUUAUUGAAGCUACCUUCACAUGGAAAGAAAACUAAAUACGUAUGACGCAGUAUUACAGAAGAAAGAGAAUAAACUGUGAUGAAAAACUAACUUGAAUCUGGCCACAUGAGAGGACCCAAGAUGAUUUUUAGUGGCUUAUGUAUUGACAUUUUAUUUCAUGUUUCUGUGCAAGAUGUAUAUCAACAGUGUAAGUCAGCAAUCGCAUAACUCGUUUACGGUGUCUGAAAAUCUCCGCCUUUAUGUUAUUUUUUUUAAAGGAGAACAAAUCU